CUCCGCCUCCCUGCUGCUGCUGGCUGCCGUGUGGGUGGCCUGCCGGCGGGAACGGCAACGCACUCAAAGGCAGGGCAGAUUCCCCACUGGCUGCUCGUGAGGCCACCGUGGCGGCUGUGUCGUCAUCGGCACCACCGCCACCUGAUGUGGAUGGGGCGGUGAGGCAGCCACACUGCGAUGGCCAGGAGGCGGAUAGACGAACGCUGCCGGUGGCGGCGAGAAGGGUGGUGGGUAGGGAUGCGGAUAGGGGGGUGGGUAUGCGGGCAACCGGGGUGCCAACUGGGGUGUCAAGGGGGCUGGGGCGACGUGUGGCGAUGAGUGAGGAGCCAAACCAUGAGAGCCGACAGGCGGCCCAACCUGACGGCUCAUUAUAUUUGGGUGUCAUCAUGCUGGCUCAUUAUAUUUGGGUGUGCUGUGCUUACGGGAGGGAUGGAUGCGUGUGUAUGAGGGAGGCGGGUGACGUGACGGCCCACUUGACUUGAUGGUCCAGGCAUAUCUGCGGCCACGACAGGUGGCUGGAUGUCGGUGUGCGAAGCACUCUCCGCCUGCACACAGUGACAAAGAGAGGUGUUGUGAGGACAGCAAACAUCCCAAACACCACCUAUCUUUGGGUACUGUACCUGCCGUCGCCCUGGCCCAUCCCUGCCUGCCGUGGCAGCUAUGGCUUCCUCCCUCGAUAGCCCCAUCUCUUCCUCUGCGUGCACAGGCAAGGACAUGACAUGGCAUUGGUAUGGCGACGCACAAGCGCGGGUGACUUGCUAUAUGUUGCCCACCCAGAAGGGGAUUGUAGCGGGGAUAGCGUCCUGUGGGCCGGCUGGGCCGUCUGCCCAUGACGGAAAUGAACCAACCGGUCCUCGAGAACUGCACUCCACAUGGACAGCGGGCAGACAUGGCUUCAGUGCUGACUGUAAGACGUCAUUGCUUCCAUCUGUGUCCUCUCACCAGCCGCUCGUCUUGAGACUCUCCCUCCGCUCCUGACGCACUCGCACCUGCCCCGACGGCCUCGGAAGCACUAACAGCAUGAGGUCCUCCCGAUACGGCAGCCCCCGCGUUCGCCGCGUCAACCAACACAUCAGCAGCAGCAGCAGCAGCAGCAGCAGGAGAGGCCUCACGGCCCCGCUCUGUGUCGGUAGGCGGCUCCGCUGCUGGCUCGUAAGGUGGCUGAAUGGACACAUUCAGGCAGUGGACAGAUACGUUGAACUAUGGCGGACAGCCGUGGUGUGUUGGCCAUACCUGACUUGACGAAGACGAAACAGCGCCACCAGCAGCAGCCGUUGCGCCAGUCGACGAAGCGCCAUACAAUGCCAAACGCACCUGCUGUCCUUCCGACACGUCAGACCCAGGAUACCUCCCCUGCCGAAUCAUCAUCUGCAACUCCUCUGUAUGCACACAGGCAGACGAACGGCAGGUUGGCUAAGAGAUGACGAUGUGUGUGGCUGCUAUUGCCUACCAUGAAGUGGGUCGUGCUGGUCUUCAUCUACUUGGUGGCGGCGAUGGUCCCUGGCAGGAUCAGCAAGGGCCUGGCGAGUGGCCGCGUCAGCAGGAGCUGCAACAACAAACGACACCAAUGAGAGAGAGGCUCGGUGCGACCGAACCAUUUAGAGCUCACCAGGUCCUGCGCUACGGUGGGUGCCGCUGCUGCUGUUGUUAUCCAUGAAUCUCAGCAGUUUGCCGCCGAGCGACCGAGUCGGCUACAGUACGAGGGCAUAUCUUGCCAAAAAGGUCCAGAGUUUCCG